UUAGCCUUCCAUUGAGUGCGGGAGGGCAGAGCCUGCUGUGUCCCUCUUUCUUUCUCUCUCUCUCUCUCUCUUUCUCUCUUUCUCUCUCUCUGUGGCUGCACCAGUGCCAUGAAAGAACUUCUCUUUUGGCCUGCCCUGGAGGAUUUCCCUGCAACUUGGCGCUUGUGAGAAAACGUAGCGGUUUUGUUUUUUUUUUUCUUCUUCUUCUUUCCUCCCCGUGGGGGACCGUUUGAAGGGGAGGAGUGGGGCAGAGGAAGAAGGAGAGGGGGGGGGGUCUGUUUUGAAUGGGGAGGAACAAUCCGAGGAGCACGCCGCUGUGCUGAGAGGUGCAGCCCGCUGGAUUCGGGACACUGCCGCUUGGAGACCCCUGGGUCCUUUCCCUCCCUUUUGUCUGGGACCUGACCUGAGUCUGCCGUCCAGGAGCCCCCGCGAACCGCUAGACUCUCCUUCCCCCCUUCUCCCCCAAAUCGUUUCCUUUUUUCCGGCUAUUUUUUUUUUGUGUGAGCGGGGUCUGGAGACCCGAGCCCCCCGGGUCCAGACCAUGGAGCUGCAGCGGGCCUCCAGCAUGCCUGGCCCCCUGACCCCCGGCCCCAGCCCCGGCCCCAGCCCCAGCCCCAGCCCCAGCCCCGUCCCCGGCUUCUCUGGCCAGACGGCUUUCAAUUACAACCAGCUGGAGGGUCGCUUUAAGCAGCUCCAAGACGAGCGCGAGGCGGUGCAGAAGAAGACCUUCACCAAAUGGGUCAACUCCCACCUGUCGCGCGUGUCCUGCCGCAUCACCGACCUGUACAUGGACCUGCGCGACGGACGCAUGCUCAUCAAGCUGCUGGAGGUGCUGAGCGGCGAGAGGCUGCCCAAGCCCACCAAAGGGCGCAUGAGGAUCCACUGCCUGGAGAACGUGGACAAGGCCCUGCAGUUCCUCAAGGAGCAGAGGGUGCACCUGGAGAACAUGGGCUCCCACGACAUCGUCGACGGCAACCACCGCCUCACUCUGGGCCUCAUCUGGACCAUCAUCCUCAGGUUCCAGAUCCAGGACAUCAGCGUGGAGACAGAGGACAACAAGGAGAAGAAGUCUGCCAAGGAUGCGCUGCUGCUCUGGUGCCAGAUGAAGACUGCAGGGUAUCCCAACGUCAACAUUCACAACUUCACCACCAGCUGGAGGGAUGGCAUGGCCUUCAAUGCCAUCAUACACAAACACAGACCGGACCUGAUCGACUUUGACAAGCUGAAGAAGUCCAACGCCCACCACAACCUGCAGAACGCCUUCAACCUGGCCGAGCAGCACCUGGGGCUCACCAAGCUACUGGACCCCGAGGAUAUCAGUGUAGACCACCCAGAUGAGAAGUCCAUCAUCACCUAUGUGGUGACCUACUACCAUUACUUCUCCAAGAUGAAGGCUCUGAAGGUGGAGGGGAAGCGUAUUGGCAAGGUGCUGGACAAUGCCAUCGAGACGGAGAAGAUGAUCGAGAAGUAUGAGUCGCUGGCCUCCGACCUGCUGGAGUGGAUCGAGCAGACCAUCAUCAUCCUCAACAACCGCAAGUUCGCCAACUCCCUGGUGGGGGUGCAGCAGCAGCUGCAGGCCUUCAACACCUACCGAACCGUGGAGAAACCGCCAAAGUUUACGGAGAAGGGCAACCUGGAAGUGCUUCUCUUCACCAUCCAGAGCAAAAUGAGGGCCAAUAACCAGAAGGUGUACAUGCCCCGCGAGGGCAAGCUCAUCUCAGACAUCAACAAGGCCUGGGAGAGACUGGAGAAGGCGGAGCACGAGCGGGAGCUGGCCCUGAGGACAGAGCUCAUCCGGCAGGAGAAACUGGAGCAGCUGGCCCGCCGCUUCGACCGCAAGGCCGCCAUGAGGGAGACCUGGCUGAGCGAGAACCAGCGGCUCGUCUCACAGGACAAUUUUGGCUUCGACCUGCAGGCGGUGGAGGCGGCCACCAAGAAGCACGAGGCCAUCGAGACGGACAUCGCGGCGUACGAGGAGCGCGUGCAGGCCGUGCUGGCCGUGGCGCGCGAGCUGGAGGCGGAGAACUACCACGACAUCAAGCGCGUCGCCGCGCGCAAGGACAACGUGAUCCGCCUGUGGGAGUACCUGCUGGAGCUGCUCCGCGCCCGCCGGCAGAGGCUGGAGAUGAACCUGGGCCUGCAGAAGAUCUUCCAGGAGAUGCUCUACAUCAUGGACUGGAUGGACGAGAUGAAGAUGCUGCUGGUGUCCCAGGAUUAUGGGAAGCACCUGCUGGGCGUGGAGGACCUGCUGCAGAAACACGCGCUGGUGGAGGCCGACAUCGCCAUCCAGGCCGACCGCGUCAAGUCCGUCAACGCCACCGCGCAGAAAUUUGCCGUGGAAGCCGAGGGCUACAAGCCGUGCGACCCGCAGGUGAUCCUGGACCGUGUAUCGCACAUGGAGUUCUGCUACCAGGAGCUGGGCCAGCUGGCGGCGGAGCGGCGGGCGCGGCUGGAGGAGUCGCGGCGCCUCUGGAAGUUCUUCUGGGAGAUGGCGGAGGAGGAGAGCUGGAUCCGCGAGAAGGAGCAGAUCCUGUCGUCGGACGACUGCGGGAAGGACCUGACGGGCGUGCUGAGGCUGCUGAGCCAGCACAAGGCCUUCGAGGACGAGAUGAGCGGCCGCAGCGGCGGGCUGCAGCACACCGCGCGCGAGGGCCAGGAGAUGGUCGCCGCGGGCCACUUCGGCGCCGACAAGAUCAGCCAGCGAAUCGCCGAGGUGCAGGAGCAGUGGGCGGGGCUGGAGCGGCUGUCGGCCGUGCGCAAGGCCCGGCUGCGGGACGCCUGCAACAUGCACCAGUUCCAGGCGGACGCCGACGACGUGGACGCCUGGACGCUGGACGUGCUGCGCAUCGUCUCCAGCUCGGACGUGGGCCACGACGAGUUCUCCACCCAGGCGCUGGUCAAGAAGCACAAGGACGUGGCCGAGGAGAUCGCCAGCUACCGGCCGGCCAUCGACGCGCUGCACGAGCAGGCGCGGGCGCUGCCCGCCGAGCAGGCGGAGUCGGCCGAGGUGAAGGGCCGCCUGGCGGGCAUCGAGGAGCGCUACGCCGAGCUGGCCGAGCUGACGCGCCUCCGGAAGCAGGCCCUGCAGGACGCGCUCGCCCUCUACAAGAUGUCCAGCGAGGCGGACGCCUGCGAGGUGUGGAUCGACGAGAAGGAGCAAUGGCUCAACAGCAUGCACAUCCCCGAGAAGCUGGAGGACCUGGAGGUGAUCCAGCACAGGUUCGAAAGCCUGGAGCCGGAGAUGAACAACCAGGCUUCGCGCGUCGCCGUUGUCAACCAGAUCGCCAGGCAGUUGAUCCACAGUGGACACCCCAGCGAGAAGGAGAUCAAAGCCCAACAAGACAAGCUCAAUACCAGGUGGAGCCAGUUCCGUGACCUGGUGGACCUGAAGAAGGACUCCCUGAACUCCGCUCUGGGGGUGCAGAACUACCACCUGGAGUGCAACGAGACCAAGUCCUGGAUCCGCGAGAAGACCAAGGUGAUCGAGUCGACCCAGGAGCUGGGCAACGACCUGGCGGGCGUGAUGGCGCUGCAGCGCAAGCUGACGGGCAUGGAGCGCGACCUGGCCGCCAUCGAGGACAAGCUGGGCGACCUGCGCAAGGAGGCGGAGCGGCUGGGCGCCGAGCACCCCGACCAGGAGCAGGGCAUCGUGGGCCGGCUGGCCGAGAUCACCGGCGUGUGGGAGGAGAUGAAGGGCACCCUGCGCGCCCGCGAGGAGUCGCUGGGCGAGGCCAGCAAGCUGCAGCAGUUCCUGCGCCAGCUCGACGACUUCCAGUCCUGGCUGUCGCGCACGCAGACCGCCAUCGCCUCCGAGGACAUGCCCAACACGCUGGCCGAGGCCGAGAAGCUGCUGGCGCAGCACGAGGGCAUCAAGAGCGAGAUCGACAACUACGAGGAGGACUACCAGAAGAUGCGGGACAUGGGCGAGAUGGUGACGCAGGGCCAGACCGACGCCCAGUACAUGUUCCUGCGCCAGAGGCUCCAGGCCCUGGACACCGGCUGGAACGAGCUGCACAAGAUGUGGGAGAACCGCCAGAGCCUGCUGUCCCAGUCCCACGCCUACCAGCUGUUCCUCAGGGACACCAAGCAGGCCGAGGCCUUCCUCAACAACCAGGAGUACGUUCUGGCGCACACGGAGAUGCCCACCACCCUGGAGGCGGCGGAGGGCGCCAUCAAGAAGCAGGAGGACUUCAUGACCACCAUGGACGCCAACGAGGAGAAGAUCAACGGCGUGGUGGAGACGGGCCGUCGGUUGGUGAGCGACGGCAACAUCAACGCCGAGCGCAUCCAGGAGAAGGCCGACUCCAUCGACGACAGGCACAAGAAGAAUCGCGAGGCGGCCAGCGAGCUGCUGAUGAGGCUGAAGGACAACCGGGACCUGCAGAAGUUCCUGCAGGACUGCCAGGAGCUGUCCCUCUGGAUCAACGAGAAGAUGCUGACUGCGCAGGACAUGUCGUACGACGAGGCGCGCAACCUGCACAGCAAGUGGCUCAAGCACCAGGCCUUCAUGGCCGAGCUGCAGUCCAACAAGGAGUGGCUGGAGAAGAUCGAGAAGGACGGGAUGCAGCUGGUGGCGGAGAAGCCGGAGACGGAGCCGAUGGUGAAGGAGAAGCUGUCGGACCUGCAGAAGAUGUGGGAGGUGCUGGAGUCCACCACGCAGACCAAGGCGCAGUGCCUGUUCGACGCCAACAGGGCGGAGCUCUUCACCCAGAGCUGCGCCGACCUGGACAAGUGGCUGGUGGGCCUGGAGGGGCAGAUCCAAUCGGACGACUAUGGCAAGGACCUGACCAGCGUCAGCAUCCUGCUCAAGAAGCAGCAGAUGCUGGAGAACCAGGUGGAGGUGCGGCAGAAGGAGGUGGAGGAGCUGCAGAGCCAGGCGCAGGUCCUGAGCCAGGAGGGCCGGGACACGGACGAGGUGGACGGGCAGCGCAGGGAGGUGGAGCAGAAGUUCCGGGAGCUUCUGGACCCCAUGCGCAAGCGGAAGGACCUGCUCAUGGCCUCCCGCGAGAUCCACCAGUUCAACCGCGACGUGGAGGACGAGAUCCUCUGGGUUGAGGAGAGAAUGCCACUUGCCACCUCCACAGACCAUGGACACAACCUGCAGACCGUGCAGUUGCUCAUCAAGAAGAACCAGACCCUGCAGAAGGAGAUCCAGGGCCACCAGCCGCGCCGCGACGACAUCUUCGAGCGGAGCCAGAACAUCCUGCGGGACGACAGCCCGAACGCGGAGGCCAUCCGGCAGCGGCUGGCCGACCUGCAGCGGCUGUGGGGCCUGAUGGUGGAGGAGGUGGAGAAGCGCCACGCCCGUCUGGAGGAGGCGCACCGGGCCCAGCAGUACUACUUCGACGCCGCCGAGGCCGAGGCCUGGAUGAGCGAGCAGGAGCUCUACAUGAUGUCAGAGGAGAAGGCCAAGGAUGAGCAGAGCUCGGUGGCCAUGCUGAAGAAGCACCAGAUCGUGGAGCAGUCGGUGGAGGACUACGCAGAGACCGUGCACCAGCUCUCCCAGACCAGCAGGGGGCUGGUGGCCGCGGGACAUCCCGAGAGUGAGAGGAUUAGCAUGAGGCAGUCGCAGGUGGAUAAGUUGUACGCGGGGCUGAAGGACCUGUCGGAGGAGAGGAGGGGGAAGUUGGACGAGAGGUUCCGGCUCUUCCAGCUCAACCGCGAGGUGGACGACCUGGAGCAGUGGAUCGCCGAGCGGGAGGUGGUGGCGGGGUCGCACGAGCUGGGCCAGGACUACGAGCACGUCACGAUGCUCCAGGAGCGUUUCCGGGAGUUCGCCCGCGACACGGGCAACAUCGGCCAGGAGCGCGUGGACGCCGUCAACCAGAUGGCGGACGAGCUGAUCAACUCGGGCCACACGGACGCGGCGACCAUCGCCGAGUGGAAGGACGGGCUGAACGAGGCCUGGGCCGACCUGCUGGAGCUGAUCGACACGCGCACGCAGAUCCUGGCCGCCUCCUACGAGCUGCACAAGUUCUACCACGACGCCAAGGAGAUCCUGGGCCGCAUCCUCGACAAGCACAAGAAGCUUCCGGAGGAGCUGGGCCGCGACCAGAACACGGUGGAGACGCUGCAGAGGAUGCACACCACCUUCGAGCACGACAUACAGGCCCUGGGGACGCAGGUGAGGCAGCUGCAGGAGGACGCGGUGCGUCUGCAGUCGGCGUACGCCGGCGACAAGGCCGACGACAUCCAGAAGCGGGAGGGGGAGGUGCUGGAGGCCUGGAAGGCCCUCCUGGAGGCCGCCGACGGGCGGAGGGUGCGGCUGCUCGACACCGGCGACAAGUUCCGCUUCUUCAGCAUGGUGCGCGACCUCAUGCUCUGGAUGGAGGACGUCAUCCGCCUCAUCGAGGCCCAGGAGAAGCCCAGGGACGUGUCGUCCGUGGAGCUCCUGAUGAACAACCACCAGGGCAUCAAGGCGGAGAUCGACGCCCGCAACGACAGCUUCACCACCUGCAUCGAGCUGGGCAAGGCUCUGUUGGCACGGAAACACUACGCCUCAGAGGAGAUCAAAGAGAAGCUGCUGCAGCUGACAGACAAGAGGAAAGACAUGAUUGACAAGUGGGAGGACCGGUGGGAGUGGCUAAGACUGGUUUUGGAAGUGCACCAGUUUUCGCGGGACGCGGGCGUGGCGGAGGCGUGGCUGCUGGGGCAGGAGCCGUACCUGUCCAGCCGGGAGAUGGGCCAGAACGUGGACGAGGUGGAGAAGCUGAUAAAGAGGCACGAGGCCUUCGAGAAGUCCGCCGCUACCUGGGAGGAGAGAUUCUCUGCGCUGGAGCGGCUCACCACGAUGGAGUUACUGGAAGUGAGACGAGGACAAGAGGAGGAAGAGAGGAGAAGGCAGCCCCCGCCAGAGGCCAUUGCCGCCUCCGAAUCCCAGUCGCCACUGCAACGGGAGGGCGAGCAGGUCUCCCAGAACGGACUGCCGUCAGACCAGGACUCUCCACGGGACGGCGAGGAGAUCGUGAACGGCGUGGCGGAGCGGAGCUCCAAGGAGCCCAGCCCCACCCCGUCGCCGUCCGGCGAGCGCAAGGGCAAGCAGGCCGCCACGCUUCCCGCCAAGUCCCAGGACUCCCCGGCCUCCCAGAUAGAGGGCGUGCUGCACCGCAAGCACGAGUGGGAGGCGCCCAACAAGAAGGCCUCCAACAGGUCCUGGCACCACGUGUACUGCGUGAUAAACAAUCGCGAAAUGGGCUUUUACAAGGACAACAAGAGCGCCAGCCAGGGCAUCCCAUACCACAACGAGAUCCCCAUCAGCCUGAGGGACUCCUUCUGCGAGGUCGCCCUCGACUACAAGAAGAAGAAGCACGUCUUCAAGCUGAGACUUACUGAUGGGAAUGAGUAUCUCUUCCAAGCCAAAGAUGAUGAGGAGAUGAGCAUGUGGAUCGCGGACAUCGCGGGCGCCGGCGCCUCGGACAAGGCGGACGUGACGCCGAGCAGCCAGAGCACCCCCGCCUCCAGCCGCGCCCAGACCCUGCCGGCGGGCGCGUCCCUCGCCGCGGAGUCCAGCCCGGGCAAGCGGGAGAAGGACAAGGACAAGGACAAGGAGAAGGACAAGGAGAAACGCUUCAGCCUCUUCAGCAAGAAGAAGUAGUGAACAGGCCCUCCACCCCCCCCCCCCCCAUUCCUGGGCGUGGCCACUUCUUCUCCAGCCAAUGAAAUUCCAGCAUGCAAGCUCAGAACCAAUACACCACACUCUGUGCCUAAUGUUACUCCAAUUGGUUUUAGAAGUAAAUUAGGGCUUUUUAAAUAAACAAAAAAAAAAAUGUACACAAAUUAAAAAAUUGUAAAGGAGAAAAAAAAAAAUAUUUAAAGCUAGGGUGUGAGAUGCUUUGGGCAGCUUCCGUCUUAAAAAUGACAAGUAAAUACAUAAAUAACUCAGAGACAGGACCAGAGGGAGGUUAUUUGUUUUCAUUACCCGUUUGACUUUCCUUUUUUCCAUUUUUUCCAUUUUUGUUCUUCUCUCUUUUUUUGUAAUUGUAUGUAGUUAUAGGGUUUGGAUAUUUAAACAUUUCCUCAAUUUUGUGAGGCUGUCUUUGGAAAGACGACUUACAUCCUGUUCUGCUGUUGGAAGGAGGUGGGCAGUGGUGCUUGGAAACCAUUCCUUUCCACUCCGCGCAUAUACUGGACUGCACACCUGCAAUUAAACAAACACCUGUUCAAUUCCCUGUACUAAAACCUUACACCCAUUAUAGGCUUCAAUAAGGUAUAUCGUCUUUGCUAAUAUUUAGUAUAAACACGCAUUAAUUUUGGAUACAGAUCCAUAAUGAUCAAGUGUCAGCUACUAACACACGCUGGUGCUUUUUAACAGUGAUUGUGACAAGCAAGAAUGUUGGAUUACUAUGAAGGACUUAGAAUACUGAAUACAUUUUAAAACUUGUAAUUUUACAGCAAAAACUCCUUUAUUUGUUCUGUUGUUUUGUUUCUGUUGUUGUUCUUGAGUUGCAUUAUAUUGUACGUUUCAGGUUAUUCUAGUACAGAUUAUAAAAUAACUAGAUGUAUUAUAAACACUUAAAAGCAUUGUUGUUAAGUGAAAAAAGUGGAAACAAAAGCAUUUACUGGAAAAAAAGUAAUGUUACUCAAAAAAACGGUUGCUUGCUUGUUGGCUACAGCACUGCGUGUUAUGAUUUUUUGCUACAUUUCCGCGCUAUUUGAUACAUAGUGUGCAUUUCUCUGUCUCUGUAACUAUUGUAAUGAACAUUUUCAUCUUAUUGCACAAUCAGAAAUGACAUUAUUAUAGGAAUGAGCUCCUUUGCCCGGGUGUGAGGGUCUGUGGGCUCGCACUUUAGUGAGGCCAGCCAGAAGUAUGGAACUGCACCUGUAGACUUUUACCCUCUGUUAAAUAUGUUGCAAAGUCAUUAAAAUGCUUUUAAAAUUA